AUGAGGAAUUCGCCCGGGGACAAGGAAUACCCCGAGUACGAUAAGGUGGAACGGAUUAAUAUAGCCACUCUCAUCCUUAAAGAUGAGACCCUAGAUCAAUUAGCCGAUGACAACGACUGUAUCGCUCGUAACAUCGAGCGACUCUCCAAGUCAUCCAAGAAGAAGGUCUUAGGCAUCGACCCCGACUACCGUAAGUUGGAUAAGGGUAUCUAUACUCCGCCCACCGAUAAAACCGACCCCACGCCCUUUUACCCUAAAUACUACCAGGUCAUCGGCACGGUAUGGCAGAUGGACAUGGAAGAGUGCCCCUGCGGUGGCGGCCUGGUCGCCAAGGACUGCGGACUCGGCAAGACCUCCCAGUGCUACGCCUACAUCUACCACGCGGCCAUGAAGAAACUGGGCAUUUGGCAGGAGUACCUGGAGCGGCGCGACGACGCCAUUACGCACGGCCGCCCGCUGCCGAAACCCCCUAAAGUCGACUUUCGACCGACCCUGGUCGUGGCGCCGCCGACUACCCGUCCGGUCCUCGACCUCCGCAUCUUCUACGGCACCGACCGCACUCUAAGUACCGACGUCGAGGAAGACCUUCGCGCCAUUAUGCUUCCCUCCAACCCCCUAGCCGCGCGGGACGCGAUCGAACAGGCUUUCCCGGCCGACGACCCUAUGUCCGCCUUCGGCAUCAAGUCCAUCGAAGAUAAGUUUCGUACCACCACCGGCCAACCCGAGAGAGAUGAUGACUCCAUUAAUACUCUACCCGGCGACGUUAACGCCACUGCCAGUACGGCCACCGCGGACCUUCCCCCCGAGGAAGAUGACGCCGGCUUACGCGAGGAAUCGGACGACUGUACGGUGUAUACGUCCCUCUUUGCCGGCCUCUUCUAUCGGGUCGUCUACGACGAAGCCCAUAAGGUUAAGAACCCCAAGACGAUGAACGCGAUCGCCAUCGAGAAACUGUACGCGCCUAAGAAGUGGUUCAUCACCGCCACGCCUAUAGUAAACCGGGUGUCGGACCUCCUAGGGUACCUGUACCUCCUCUAG